GAUACUUCAUGCUUUAGUCUGCUCUGUUAUUUUACGUUUUUUUUUUGAGAAAUGCAGUGACGGAAUCUAAUGUAAAUAUUCAAUUUUCUCUGUGUUAUUGUCUAAAUAAAAUAGUGUGUUUGAAAAAAAAAAAAAAAAUGGAAUGCUCUAACGAUCGGAUGCGAAAAAUUGCUGAAGAUGAACAUUGUUUAGAGAGUAUGAUAAAGCAAGUUUAUGGUGGAGGAGGAAAUCAACCACUUGGAGAACAUGGACACAUAUUACUAGACAGCUUAAAUUUAGAAAAUAUUGAUGAUUUUAUCGAUAAAGAAUUGAAGAAAACUGUCCAACUUGUGGAGAUGUCAUCUUCCAUGAAUGAAAGCAAGGGAGUAUUGGGACCUGAUAAAGUUAUUUUUGAUGUUUCAAGUAAUGUUGGAAGUUUGGUGAUUGAUCGUGAUAGAUUAGGGCUGUCAAGUCAGAGUAAUUUCAGUUCCAUUCGUGCUAAUUGCUGCGUAUAUAAAGGAAAAUGGCAGUAUGAACUGAUGUUAGGCUCAAAAGGUGUUAUGCAAAUUGGCUGGGCAACUAUUAACUGUAAAUUUUCUCAAGAGAAAGGUGUUGGAGAUACUCUUCAUUCUUAUGCAUAUGAUGGUCAUAGAGUGCGUAAGUGGAAUGUAUCUACUUAUAAGUAUGGUGAGUCCUGGCUAACAGGUGACGUUAUUGGAUGUGCGAUAGAUUUGGAUAAAGGUGUUAUUGGAUUUUAUAGGAAUGGUGUUUAUCUAGGUGACGCAUUUGAUAAUGUUAAAAUUGGCCCAGGUCUUGCAUAUUUUCCUGCCGUUAGCUUGACAUAUAAUGAGAACCUUGUUGCAAAUUUUGGUUCAACUCCUAUACGGUAUCCUAUUCCUGGGUAUUCUCCUCUUCAGCAGUACCCUAAAAAAGAUGUGGCACAAACUAAUAAAUUACUUACAUGGCUUGAAAAAUUACUUGACCUCUAUUAUUCUGUGACACAGGAACCUAAUCCUAUUUUGGUUGUUAGAAACUGGCCUCCUCAGUUUAAACAGGGUUUAAAAGCUCAGCUGUUAUUGGUUGCUGCUCCUCUUAUGCAUAGAUUAGGUCCACUUUUGGCAAAUGCAUUUCUCACUGAAGGUUGCCUUCUUCCAUUUUUAUUUGAUUUGUACAACAAAGAUCAAGGAUGUAUGGAUUCUAAAUCUAGGAUAACAUCUAUUUUAGAAAUUAUGUGGUCUCUUAUGGAGCCUCAUGAACUGCAUCAGUGUUUGGAAUUCAUAGUUGUUGCUCUUUUAACUGGCUAUCGAUUUGCCCCAGCUACGCCAGAAUUCCAUGAGCAGAAAAAAUAUUUACUUUUGACCUUAGCUCUACUUCAGCAUACUCCUACCAAACAUUUUUUAUUACAGAAUGUUUUAUUUGAUAAAAUAAAGUUUCCAGUAUUUUUAGAAGUGAAACCUCUAGACAAUACUGGAUUAGCAGAAGUUGUUCCUGAAGUUUGGCUUGAUUUCAAGCAGGAAAUGAAUGAGCCCGAUUUGUUUCGUAAAGCUUGCUAUCAGAAAUCUUGCACUCAUCUGAAAUUGGUUGUUAAAGAAGUUGAACUUGUACAACUCGAAAUAUUGCUGGAACUUUUUGAUGCAUCAAAUGUUUACCAGGGACAGUGCAGUCGCUGCAUUUUUUUGUUGAAAUUAAGAGAAUUUCUGAAAGAAAAUUCUGGAGGAGCUCGGGUUCCAGUUGUCCAUUUAUGUCCACUACCUGUAGCUUUAGCUUUUUUCCAUCGUUUGAUUUCACUUCUUCGUAUAUGUGUGUCAGCAUCUGGCAUUGAUUUAAAUGGACUUAGCGUUCCAUGUAACGCAUUUUAUGAUAAUUCUAUUCCUUAUUUGGAAGUUCAACGUAUUGGUGGCCUUCAGUCACAUCUUUUAAGAGUAUAUCAAGAUGUGGUUGUGAAUGAAAUUAGUAAACAGAAAGCAAGCACUGAAAAUGAUCCAGUAGCCUUAGGGAAAUUACUUAAGUCUGAGAAAUCAAAGUCUCAGCAUUUAAGGCAUGCUGGUGAUAAAGAUAAUUUUGGAACUUUAAUUGAACUUCUUGAUGGAAUUGUUCGUCUGUAUCAUAUUGCUGCCCAUCGUCAGCUGGAGAAGAUGUGUGCCCUUCGGGAUAGUAUGCAUGAAUAUCGCCAUGCUUUAAAGGAAGUAGAAAAGCGUUUGAAAGUUCAAAAAGGAGAUGUUGAAGAAGAGCUUAAUCAGGCAAAACAGGUAUUCCUUGAAGAACUCAUUGAACAAGGAAGGCACCAGGCUUGGAUUUCAUCUGUUGUAUACUCAUCUGACAGACAAGCAGAUGUUUAUUGGUUGCUGCAAAUCUUACUUCGAACACUAUGUCAAGCAUCUGAAACUGGUGUACUCUUUUCCUUUGUUCCUGAUUUUUAUGUUGAAGCUUGUAUCAAAUGUUGCCAUGCUCUUCGAAAUUUUUUUCCUCCUGCAGCCCCUGCUGAUAGUCUACCUGCCUUUGCAGGUCAUCAUGAACUUUUGAUUAAGUAUGGCUCCUUUUUAGCUCACCAUUUUGCUGAUGAACGAGUCGUUAAUGCAGAAUUAAAGGAUAGUUUAGUCCAAGCACUGGCAUCCUAUGUAUGUUAUCCUGCCACCCUGCAAGCUCUGGAAAGCAUGGAUUCUGAUAGCCGCCUUGUGAUGACCAAAGCUCUUCUUCAGCCUUAUGAAAAUAGAGCAUGGGCCCAAUCAAACUGGAUUCUGAUUAGGCUUUGGAAAGGUUGUGGCUUUGCUUUUCGUUACUCCGUUUCCCCUCAUAUGGCAAAAAAGAUGAAUUGUAAAUCAAUUCCAUUACCAGAGGCACUUCCUACUAUAUCACAAACUCCCUGCCCAUCUCCUGUGUUUUUGGAACAUGCAAGUCAGUGGUUAUUAGAAAAUCCAGAAGCUGCAGCAGCUUUCAUAAGCAGCGUGUUGAACCAACUCAACUGGGCAUUUUCAGAAUUUAUUGGAAUGCUGCAAGAGAUUCAGAAUGCCUCAAACAGACCAGAGAGGGUUUUUAUUGAUUCAAGGCAACUCAAAAUUUGUGCCACUUGUUUCGAUUUAGCUCUUGGAUUGCUACGUGUGCUAGAAAUGACUGUACAUUUAGUUCCUCAGCUCUUUACAGAUCCUUCAAGGCCAUCAUCAGAAAUAUUUCUAACUAGAUUAUGUCAGUUAGUUUGUCAAGUUCUAAACAGGGUAACAUCAAAGUCUGGAUGCUUUUGUCUAGUUGCAAGCAUGGAAAUUCCAGGAUUAGAAACCAUCGACCAUUUUCCGAUUUUAACAGCAGUUACAGGAAUAUUAGUUUCACUAAUAAUAGAUGGUUUACCAAAAAGUCAGAAAAAGGCAGUAAAUGCUCUUUUGUCUGAACCAAGUUUCCAACCUUCAUCUUUAGACUUCUUGCUAGGAUCAUCUCCUGGAGCUCCAAACUUCAAACCAUUUUCUUUAAGAGAUUACAAAGAAGUUAGUAAGGAAGAAAUAGAAAAAGUUGAAAAUCUCAUUCAGUUGUUACACUCCAAAUAUGAUAUUGCUCAACAAAACAGAGGUUUGGAAGAAAUUGAUGAUGAUCUUGUUUGUACAAUCUGUUAUGCAAAUCCCAAGUCAGCUCGUUUCCAUCCUUGUCAACACCAAUCAUGCAGAUCAUGCAUAUCUCUUCACUUAUUGAGUCAUAAAGAGUGUUUCUUCUGCAAAGCAUUAAUAGAAUGCAUAAAGCCUCUUCAACUAGAGAAGAAAUAAUGUAAAUAUGAGUGUAUUUAUUUGUUUGUAUAUUCUUUGUAAAGCCAGUUGUAAAAGUUUAUAUAUAAAUUAAUUUCUAGUUUCCAAAUGAACCUUAAUAAAGGUGUAUCAAAACUAAUACAAUUUAUUGCUUACCUUGUAAACAUAUGAAAGAAAUUUAUAUAUUUUUACUUUUUGUUUAUGCCUACUAAUGAUAAAAUUUGCACUCAAGACAGCAGUUAUUGUGUUUUGGACUGUAAUAUAUGUAUUUAUAAUUGCAGAUUAGAUUUUCUAAAUUAUUAUAAGUUGUUGAUAAAUAAGAUAUUAAUAUAUUAUAUAUGUAUUAAAAAGAAUGUUAAAGUACAUUUUUAAAAUAAACUCCCCCCUUCAAAUAAUAAAUGGCUAUUGUGAAAACUUAUGAAA